AUGCAUGCGAAUUAUACCACAAAUAGAGCAAGUGGGGUUCCACCCAGCCGUCGUCUCGCCCAUCCCGCCGUAUCCUCUCCCUCACUACCCGCCUUCACCUCUCCUAUUCACCUCACAGUCACUCAGUCCCACCCCGCGAUCUCCUCUUCCUUACUUCCCCGUCGUCGCCUCUCCCUCCUCCCCGUCGUCGCCUCUCCCUCCUCCCCGUCGUCGCAUCUCCCUCCUCCCCGCCGUCGCCUCUCCCUCCUCCCCGCCGUCGCCUCUCCCUCCUCCCCGCCGUCGCCUCUCCCUCCUCCCCGCCGUCGCCUCUCCCUCCUCCCCGCCGUCGCCUCUCCCUCCUCCCCGCCGUCACCUCUCCCUCCUCCCCGCCGUCGCCUCUCCCUCUUCCCCGCCGUCGCCUCUCCCUCCUCCCCGCCGUCGCCUCUCCCUCCUCCCCGCCGUCGCCUCUCCCUCCUCCCCGCCGUCGCCUCUCCCUCCUCCCCGUCGUCGCCUCUCCCUCCUCCCCGCCGUUGCCUCUCCCUCCUCCCCGCCGUCGCCGCUCCAUCCUCCCCCCCGUCGCCGCUCCAUCCUCCCCGCCGUCGCCGCUCCUUCCUCCCCGCCGUCGCCUCUCCCUCCUCCCCGCCGUCCCCUCUCCCUCCACGCGGUUGCCUCUCCCUCCUCCCCGCCGUCGCCGCUCCCUCCUCCCCGCCGUCGCCUCUCCCUCCUCCCCGCCGUCGCCUCUUCCUCCUCCCCGCCGUCGCCUCUGGCGACAGAGAGCGCGUGAGAGAGCGCGUGACAGUGCGUGUUAGCACCCGUGAGAGCGAGCGCGCCUGA